AUCCAAGCAAACCAGGCGGCGCACUCUUCCUGGAUACACAUCAGAACGGAAGGCUCUCAACCUGGAUUUAUCACUGAUGCGCAAACACUGGAUUGUAAUGUGGAUCUGAAAAAGCGUGAGGAGAAAGAGAGCAAAAUAGACAGACAGGCAGGGAGGGAGAGAGGGAGAGAGAGAGAAACAGAAAGAAGCAAAGAGAGACACCGAGCAUACGACGGAUUAUUAACGCUGGAUUGUCUGCUGCCCUGCUGAUCCAUCCAUCCAUCCAUCUCCUGUUACCUAAACGACAGCAUUGAUACCUAGCAAUCACGCACCUCAUGUUUUUUUCUCAUCCUUCUCUUUCUUUCAUCUCUUCAUCAGCAGUAUCAUCCGCAGCGUGAUGAUGAUGUCGGGCGGGGGGUUUGGGUGCUGACGCUUGUACAACAGGACAAGAGCCUUCUCCGUACACUCUUAGGUAGGAAGGUUCUUGGGUUUAUUCCUCUGGAGAAACUAGUAUGUAGAACCCAACAAGACAAGUUGAAAAAAUCAAGAACCGUUAGGAACCCUAAGAACCCUAGAGAACCCUUUUUUUCCCUAAGAGUGUAGAGUAGACGUGUGUAAAUGCUGCACAAGCGCUUCCUCCACCAAACAGGUUUCUGAAAAGGUGGAGUCUUGGACCAGUGAAGGAUCGGGGCCUGAGAAGCCCUGCACAUCCGAGUCGCUGCACUCGUGUCUCCCGGCGCGUGAUGGCUGGCGCGGGCCUUCCGCCGUGUCCGUCUCCGAGACGCAGCCGCCGGAGAUCCGCACGGGAAUAAUAUCCUCACUCUCCGGGAGCAGGAUGGUGUGACCAGCACCGCAUUUUAUUUUUUUACUUUCAACCUGUUUUUUUCAGUUUCAUUCAGUGCAACUGUUGACUGACAGGGAUAUUUUCAGGUUAACCAACGUCUUCCACUUUGCUUUGGUACCACCAUCACCGCCUCCACCUCCACCACCCACUCCCGAGCUUUUUUUUAUUUAUUUAAUUUUACUUUUUCCGAGAUUUGUUGACUAUUGCCAAGCCCUAUUUCAUGCAUGUCCACUGGGGGCAGGUUCAACUUUGACGAUGGGGGGUCUUACUGUGGCGAGUGGGACGAAGGCAAGGCCCAUGGCCACGGCAUCUGCACGGGGCCCAAGGGCCAAGGCGAGUACGCCGGUGCGUGGAGCCAUGGUUUUGAGGUCCUGGGUGUGUAUACAUGGCCCAGUGGCAAUACCUUCCAGGGCACGUGGGCACAGGGGAAGCGCCAUGGCAUCGGUGUGGAGAACAAGGGCAAGUGGGUGUACAAGGGGGAGUGGACACAUGGAUUUAAGGGGCGCUACGGAGUGCGGGAGAGCACCGGUGCCAGCGGCAAGUAUGAGGGAACAUGGAACAAUGGCCUGCAGGACGGAUAUGGGACCGAGACUUACUCAGACGGAGGUACGUACCAGGGCCAGUGGGUGGGCGGCAUGCGGCACGGCUACGGCAUUCGGCAGAGCGUCCCAUACGGCAUGGCGGCCGUGAUCCGCUCUCCCCUGCGCACCUCCAUAAACUCUCUGCGCUCGGAGCACAGUAACGGCACGGCAGGGACACCCGGCACUGGGGGCGGCAUCAGCCCGGCGGCGUCGCGUGGAGGCUUCGUCCUGACGGCGCACAGCGAGGCGGAGCUUCUGAAGGCAAAAAAGAAAGGUCUGUUUUUCCGGCGCUCUCUGCUCAGCGGCCUGCGUCUGCGCAAGUCCGAGUCGAAGAGCUCGCUGGCCAGCCAACGCAGCAAGCAGAGCUCGUUCCGCAGCGAGGCGGCCAUGAGUACGGUGAGCUCUGCCGCUUCCGAUGUUAACUCCACCAUCAGUCUGGGCGAGGCCGAGGGGGAGCUCCUGCCCACCAGCCCCAACACCAACGAUGACGGCAACGACGAUGACGGCGUGGAUGCUACGGCCACCGAGAGCUACGCAGGCGAGUGGAGGAACGACAAGCGUGCCGGGUGCGGCGUGAGCCGGCGCUCGGAUGGUCUCUGCUACCAAGGCGAGUGGUUGAGCAACAAGCGCCACGGCUACGGCUGCACCACCUUUCCAGACGGCACCAAGGAGGAGGGGAAGUACAAGCAGAACGCCCUGGUCAGCGGCAAACGCAAGAAUCUGAUCCCGCUACGUGCCAGCAAGAUCCGUGAGAAAGUGGACCGUGCCAUCGAAGGCGCAGAAAAGGCGGCCGAUAUCGCGAAGCAGAAGGCCGAGAUCGCUCUGUCCAGGACGGCCCAUGCGAGGGGGAAGGCGGAGGCGGCCAUGACGGCGGCACAGAAAGCGCAGGAGGAGUGCAGGCUGGCCAGAAUCGCAGCUAAAGAGUUCUCACCUUCGUUUCAGCAUCGAGGAAACGGAGUGGAGUGUGAAAGGCCGAAGCCGCAGCCCUCGAGCGACAAUGACGUGGAGAUGAUGUCGAGCGAGACUCAAGACAGCACCGAGCUCUACAUGAAGGGCUCGACUCCCACAGAACUCACUCCAGACGCCAGCCCGGGUCCAAGUCCCACCUCCAAAGCUCGGGCCCGCCCCAAAAACGCCCGCUUCCUGCGACAAAGCGCUGUGGACGACGAGAGGGGAGGAGCUUCUGAAAUUCAGGUUUUGGUAGAAGGUCGUAGCCACGGCAGGCCGAGUGUAGGGAGCGGAUCAGGGGAGGAACACGUGAGAGCGGCAAACACCAACGGUCACCGGCACUCCUCGACCAAUCACAAGGUGUCGCCGAGGGAUUACGGCACGUCCAAUCACAAGCCGUCGUCACGGGAGAAGUGGGCGGAAUGGACUUCGCACCGGACACAGACGCGACUUCUCGAGCAAGACGAGGAGAAGCUGAGCAACUACGAGAUGGAGAUGAAGCCGCUGCAACCCAUGGACUCCAACUCCCAGAAGCCCUAUGGGCAAGGAGAGGAGCGCCACCGGGGCAAGAACCGGGGCAAGAACCGGGACCGAGAAAGAGACAGGGACAGGGAGAAGGAGAGAGAAAAAGAAGACACGGAACGUCCCAGUGUGGACCCGGUGCAGAAGCUGGACAGUCUACGCACGGGGGAGAAACUGGAGGCUCGGCCUCUGCGCAGGGACCUCAUGCUCUCGCCCCCACAAAAAUCCUCACCCAUUGCACUAGAACACGACAACGGGAACCGCACACAGCUCAAAGCCAACUCGGGCUCCAGCUCAAUUCUGGUUGUCAUGGUGAUUUUGCUCAACAUCGGAGUUGCCAUUCUGUUCAUUCACUUUUUUAUUUAGGACUCUAGUCGUUUCCUUCACUCCCUCUCUGUUUAUCUGCUGUACGGAUCGGGUGUGAACGCUGUAUCUCCGGACACGGAUCCGGUUCGAGGAAACGCAACGCAAACCACGAGGACGGAGGAGGCGGGAAGGGACGGAGACACAAAAUCGGAUUCUCACUCAACUCUGGGCUCAGCGUUUCUCUUUUUCUUUUCCACUUCUCCAAAGAGCUCUUGUUUUAUUUAGAUUUAUUUUGAUUUUGACUUUUUCCCAUCGCUUUUCUCUUUGUUUUUUGUUUAUUAUCGGUAAGUGGGCUUGGACGAAAGGUGGCUAUUUUGACAUAACAGAUGAAAAGCGUGUGUGUGUG